AAGUUUUGAUUACUGACUUGCGUCAGGCGUGUUGCUUUUGCCUCAGCGUUGUGUGUUAUUUCGUCGGAGAAUAAAUAGUGAUCAUACAUAUAACUAUUAAGAAAUAGCAAUGUUAGUUUUGGUUUUAUUUUGUGAUUUUGAUAAAAGGUAACGGACUACACUAGUGUACUGUUGUGUUAAGAUUUUGUCAUUUGCGUGGCUUACAAAAGUUUUCAAGUUGGUCACUUACGAAGUUUUACAAGUGCUUGUUUACUGUUUUUGUGUUCAAAAAGUCGUUGGCUGUUUUUAACUUCAUCUUGUUUUAUCUAUAAGAUAGCAUGGCGUAGACAAAUUAGCUACACUUCUGCUGUCGAAACUGUUUCGGAUCUUACAUUUGAAGGUGUUGUACUUGAUGCGGUGACAGGAUGGAGGCGGAUCGCGACAAGCGCAUGCUGGAGCGCGAGGUACUGCGCAACAUGAUCCAGCAGUGGAACGCCAAUAGGCUUGACCUCUUUGAACUCAGCGAGCCCAAUGAGAACUUGGAGUUUCACGGAGUGAUGCGCUUCUACUUUCAAGACUCCGGCCAGAAGAUUGCAACGAAAUGCAUCCGCGUUGCAUCAGAUGCUACAGUUAGCGAUGUCAUAGAAACUUUGAUCGAGAAGUUCCGUCCAGACAUGCGCAUGUUGUCGCUGGGCUCGUACUCUCUGUGGGAGACGCACGGGCCGGACUACGAGCGCCGGCUGGAGCCGCACGAGAAGCCGCUCCUCGUGCAGCUCAACUGGCACACUGAUGACCGCGAAGGACGCUUCCUGCUUAAGUGCCUUACUAAUAAUGAGGUUCCUCUGUCUUCCGUCAAUGAAAAAUCAGAUCAGAACUUCAAAAGAAAAUUAUCAAAACGUGAAAAGAAAGAGCUUAAAAAGAAAGAGAAACUUUCAAGACUAAAGUCAGACACAAAUGAUGAAAACAGACCAAUUGCGGAGAAACUUUACACAGAGUUGCCGGAGACGUCGUUCACACGUAGCAUCAGCAACCCGGAGGCGGUGAUGAGGCGCCGGCGGCAGCAGAAACUGGAGAGGAAGUUGCAACAGUUCCGCUCCAAGGAUGGCGGACCUGACACCGGCGGUACAUUGAAAAUCUACGGGUCGUCGCUGUGUCCGGACGUGCCGUACAAGACGCUGCUGCUGUCUGUGGGCGACACGGCCGCCGCAGUGGUGCGCGAGAUGCUGGAAAAGUACGGCCUCUCAAGACACGAGCCGCACCACUAUUGCAUUGUACAGGUGGAUACAGCAGAUAACUCUGAGUACAUCCUGGAGGAUGACGAGUGCCCGCUCGCCAUCGUGAUGACGCACCCACAUCGCAGCUCCAUCAUGUUUCACGUGCGGCGGCGGCCGGCAGACUCGCAGCCGCGGCGACGCAAGAAGAAGGCGGGUGGUGCUGCGCGGCCUGGCACGGAACCUCUGCUGGUCGAAGUAGCACCCGACGGCUCCGCGCUAGAGAACGGACGCCGCAUGCGACUCGCCGAUGUGCUAGAGGUGGGUUCUGGCAACGGCACCGGCCUGCAGCUGUACGGGCCGUCAAUCCAGCCGCGGCACUGCGUGGUUGCGCCUGCAGACGGUGGCUACAGCGUAACACCGCUGCACCCCGACGCACAGGUCUACCUUAACGGACGCAGGGUCACCCACACGCAGCGAUUGCAGCACGGUUGCCUGGUGAAGUUCGGUCGCGUGUCUACCUUCCGCUUUGUGGACCCCGCGCAGGAGAAUCUCAUGAACAGGAACUUGGCACAGUCACAGAACUACGGCUCCGGCUCCAUAUACGACAGAUCGCCGACGUCGGCGGAGAAUAGCGGCGCGAUGUCCCCUACCUCGCUCGCGUCCCACCACGCCGACCUCGACACAAACUCGAACGCGAACGUGACCAACGACACCGAGUACCCGGGCACCGCCAGCCCCGUCUCGCACGACGCGUUCGCUUAUAGAGACGGCAACGACACCAUGUCGCCCUACAACAACAACACGCUCAAACUGGACAACGAGUCGCUCAUGAUGUCGCAGCACCUGAGCGACUCCAAGGACGACUAUAUGAGAGAUGAGCCCUCCGCCGCAGGCUACGCCGACCAGGAGCAAAGCGCAGCCGUCAGCCGCACCGGCUCACAUUACAAGGAUAAUUACGAGACCACCUUUGAUUUAGACGGUAACGUCGAGACGAAGAGCAUUUGCAGCGCUAAGAGUGGUGGUUCGGGACACGAUAACAGGGUGUCAACGUGUGCGCGGCCCGGCCAGGAGGCGAUCCUGCCGGCCGUGCUGGAGUUCCCUGAGGCGGGGCAGGCGCAGUUCCUCGCCGCCGUCAUCACCAGGCUCGACCCGCACGCGCCCGCCUUCAAAUUAGCACCAGUAUACACAUUAUAUUUGUGUGCCAGAUACCGCGCCUCUACGCACUACCGACCGGAGCUGACGCCAACAGAGCGCGCGCACAAGCUGACCGCCUUCCUGCACCACGUUGCUACGCUCAUACACGCCACCGUACAGGAGCGGUGCACGGACUCGGCGGCGCAAGCGUUCUGGAUGGCCAACGCGAGUGAGCUGCUGCACUUCCUCAAGUGCGACAGACACAUCUCCUCCUUCUCCACGCAGGCACAGGAACUGCUGCCGCAGACUGUACAAAACGCAUUUAGCAAUCUAGUGACGUGUUUCCAAGAGGAGCUGGGGCGCGCGCUGGUGACACUGAACAGUCCGGCGGGCGAGGGCGGCGAGGCGGGCGACGCCACCGAGGCCACCGCGCCCACGCUGCAAGCCCUCGCCGCCGCCAUGGUGCUGCUGCGUCGCUGCCGCGUCAACGCCGCGCUCACCAUACAGCUCUUCUCACACCUCUUCCACUACAUCAACGCAUACUGCUUCAACAAGUUGGUGUUGGAGCCGGGUACGGUGAGCGCUCGCUGGGGCGCAGCGCUAUCAGCCCGCCUGGCGCUAUUGGCCGCCUGGGCGGAGCGCCAGGGCCUCGAGCUCGCUGCCGACUGCCAUCUCGCGCGCACGCACCAAGCCGCUCGGCUGAUCCAAGGCGAGUACCGCACGGCGGAGGAGGUGCGCGCGACGCUGUCGGCGUGCGUCAAGCUGAACUCGGUGCAAGUGCGCGCGCUGCUCGCUCCCAUAGCCCCGCCCGACAUCGUGGACGCCGCCGUCGCGCACGCCCGCGCACUUGCAGACGAACUAUACAGGGCCGACGGCAGAGAGAUCCGCGCAGAGGAGAGCCGGUGGCUGGGCGCGGCGCUUCUGAUCCCCGGGGACGGGUUCAGCGCGGAGGUGGUGCGCGGGGUGCCGCCCGGGCUGGCGGAGUUCGUGGCGCCCCUCCAGCGAGGCGCGCUCUGCCGGCUCGUGCACCAGCCGCGCGCGCUCGGCGCCUGGUCCGUCUACCUCGCCACGCACGCCGCGCACGCGCAGCCGCGACACGACACGCGCCCGCUCAUCGUGCGCCUCAACAAGAACUCCUCCGGCAUGGGGCUCAGUAUUGUCGCUGCCAAGGGUGCGGGUCAGAGCAAGCUGGGCAUCUAUAUAAAGUCGGUGGUGGCGGGCGGCGCGGCGGCGGCAGACGGCAGGCUGGCGGCCGGCGACCAGCUGCUCUCCGUUGACGGACACUCGCUCGUCGGCAUCACACAGGAAAAGGCAGCAGAAUAUCUUGUCCGUACCGGACCUACGGUGACGCUGGAAGUGGCAAAGCAGGGCGCUGUGCUGCACGGCCUCGCCACGCUCCUACAUCAGCCUGCGUACAACCAGCGUCAAGGAGGUGCUCUCCGGCGCGCGUCAGAACGUGACCUGCCAUCGCGGCUGGCUGCGGAGCCCGUAAAGCCUAGCAAGAGUACGCCCGCGCUGCACCACGCCCCGCCCAGUGCGCACCCCGCCCACCCAGCUCACAUCGCGCCACAAUCACAGCCCCAGCCCGCGCCUUCGCACACUGGCACCCUCAGUCCCGUAGGCUCGAGCCAGUCGGGCGGCAGCGCUUGGGCGGGCAAGUCGCGCAGCAGCCACAACCUGACUGCCGCCGCACAGGGCGACGCCUUCUACCAGAACCUCUCUUCUGUAAACUCGCACCCACAGGGACACCAAGACAGAUGGUGGAAUUACCGCACGACUGGCAAUAGACCACAGUCCGCUCAUUUUUCAGCAGCGGGCUCUGAGCCGCAGUCGGAACCUUCGCCACAUCAACAGAUUAACAGCGCAAGUUCUGCGAGUAUCCGAGCGGCUAAGUUGGCGGAGAUGUCAGAAGAAGUCACGAGGAGGCAGCAGCAACAGCAGCAGCAGCAGCUUCUUUCGCAGCAGAAGCAGCACACGCUGCCGCACCAGCACCAGCACGCGCAGCUCAACCAACACCAGUCUCCGCUCGCACAUCAGAUGUCGCCCCAGCAAAUGCAGCACCAGCACCAGAAUCAGAUCGCCCACCAGGCCAACCAUAUCCAGAAUCAAAUGGCACAAACUGGAUAUCAAUCGAGUCAGCUCGAUCUGCAAUUGAAUCAAUUGCACCAAAAUCAAGCUGCACAUCACAUGAGUCCUAUGAGCCAGCAGGGUGCGAUGGGGCAGCACCUGGGCCAGUUCAGCCAGAGCCAGAUGCAUAUCCACCAGAGCGCGGCGCACUACCCGCAGCAGGGGUCACCGCAGCUGCCCGCCGCGCACCCCGCGCACCCCGCUCAUCCCGCUCACUCACAGAACAUGCACCAGCAGUACGCGCACUCGCAGCUGCAGAGCUCGCCCAACAUGUAUCACAAUCAACAUCAGCAACCACAAAGGUACGAUUGGCAUCCUCCUGGCCCGCCGUCGCCACAAAGAUCACAACCUCCAGUUGCUCCCAAGCCACAGGGCGCGCGGCGGUCAGAGACGGAAGACGAGCAGAUACAACAAUUGCAGCAGUCGCACAGUACCACCACAGUCCAGCCUGAAGAUGAGCGGUACGUGGCUAGCGCCCUGGAGCCACCCGCGGUGUCAGUGUACCCAGCUGGAGGGUCGGCGGGCGCAGGGGGCGCGGCGCGGCAGCAGCCCGCCCACAACCCCUGGCAGCGCGAGGAGCGCGAGCGGCAGGCUGAGGCGCGCCGCGUACAAGCACGUGCACGCAGGGACGCGACUAUAGCUCAGUUGCUGGCGCUGGGCGCGUCCCGCACUCCGGUGCAGAACCAGCAACUGCGCGCGCUACAGUUGGAGCGGGACUUCGAGCGACGCGCCACGCAGCACGAUCAUGAAGAGGGUGGAGGCGCAGAACUUGGUGCGGACGAGGAGAGCGACUCACGAUCGGCAUCAAGAUCGCCGUCGCCCGAGCACCAGAUGCACAUGCAACAGCAGCAGCAGCAGCAGCUGGAUAAGCACUCGCAGCAAAUGCAGCAGCACACGUCACAAAUACAGCAAAUGGCGCAGCACUCCCACCAUAUGCAGCAACAACAGUCGACUCAUGCGCAUCAGAUUCAACAACAACACCUGGCGCAACACUCCCAGCACCUUCAUCAACAGCACUCGCAACACGUGCAGCAGCAACAUUCUAUGCACCACUCGCAGCAGAUACAGCAAUCGGCUCAGCAACAGCAGUCUCUGCCGCAGCAACAGCAACUGCAGCAACCACCCAAGUCUAUACUCAAAUCUAAUCCACGCAGCGACAUUACCAAUGGAUAUGCCGCCGAUACAACGUUGGAGGAGAGUCGCAUGUCGGAGCUCGCCGAGAGCGUGUCAGGACUGAGCGUGUCUGGGGGCGCGCCUGCUCCCCCCGAGCGCGGCUCCUCCUUCGCGGUGAUGGCGGGCCGGCGCGCACUUUCUCCCGCCGCCUACGAUGCGCACGCGCACCGCUUCAUCACUGAGACGGAGCGGCUGGUGAGCGGGGCCGGCACGUCGCCCGGCGCGCCGCUCGCGCACACGCCCGGCGUCAUCGGCGCACAGGAGGUCUACAGGGAUCCGCGGGCGCGGCGUCUGGCGGAGCAGCAGGCGCGCGCGGCGCCCGCCGCGGUGCCGGAGACGCUCUCCUUCAAGGAGAAGAUGAAAAUGUUCGCGCUCGAGGCCGGCGACCGCUCCACGCCCAAGGACAAGAGGUUUAUUAAGAGGGAGGACCAAGCGUGCGACGUGGGCGGGUGCCUUUGCGUGGACCUUAAUGUCUAA